CGUCUCUCUCCCUCCCUCUCUCUCUCUCUCAGUUGGGCAGCUAUCAGCUCCCAAAUCGCUGCAGAUUCGAGAGCCUUCCAUCGUUAUCGCCUAAGGCACACCCUGCCGUUGCGUGCAGCAUACCUGACCGUAAUAAGCGAGAGCGACGAGGAGAGAGCGCAGCCGUAACACCACACAACCGCAACCGCAACCGCAACCGCCAUCAGCCAUGUUGCGCUGGUACCAGAGAAAGCUCGCCUCGCGGCCGCUGCUGACGCAGAGCGUCACCACCGCCGUGCUCUUCGCCGUGGGCGACAUCGCCGCGCAGCAGGCCGUCGAGAGGAAGGGCCUCGAGAAGCACGAGUUCGCCCGGACCGGUCGCAUGUUCCUCUACGGGGGUGCCGUCUUCGGGCCCGCGGCGACGACCUGGUUCGGGAUCCUGCAGCGCGCGGUGCGGCUGCCCAGCCGGGCGGCCGAGGCGGCGGUCCGCGUCGCCGCCGACCAGCUGCUCUUCGCGCCGAUCGCCAUCGGCGUCUUCCUCUCCAGCAUGGCCGCCCUUGAGGGCAGCGACCCCCGCGAGAAGCUCCGCCGCAGCUACGUCCCCGCCCUCACCACCAACUACCUCAUCUGGCCCUUCGUCCAGCUCGCCAACUUCGCCUUCGUGCCCCUCCACCACCGCGUCCUCGUCGUCAACGUCGUCAGCAUCGGCUGGAACUGCUACCUCAGCAUGGUCAACAGCGGCACCGGCACCGGCGCCGGCGAGGCCGAGAGCGACGGCGCCGAGGCCGACGACGGCAGCAAGUGAAGCAGCACACCCCCGGACUCUUUUCUUCUUAAUCCCCUGCCCGCUGCCCGGCCCCUCAGCUGCGUUGUGGUGUAGCUUGUGAACCCGGAUAGCUAGCUAGCUGGUUGGGGGUUGGCUUCGGUAUGGUAGUGUGUGACAGCCGAGAUAAACUGAGAUG